AUGAAUAGUAAUAAGAACAACAAUUUCAGUAAAAGUAAUGGUAAUAAUAAUGGAAACAACAACGAGAAUUACAACAACACAAGAAACAAUUCCAGUGGAAUAAUAAACACCAAUUUGAAUAUUGCCUCCGCUAUUGGCAAUCGUCCAAAUAACAUGAACGGAAUGAGCAAGCUACAUGGCAAUAUCAGUAAGAUACACGGAAAUUUAAAGAAUGUGCCAAAUAACCUAAGCAACUUAGGAAAUAAUAUGAAACACAGCAUGUCUAGCAGUGCAAAUAACACGACAAGCAACAUUAGCAUGUCAAGUAAUAUGAAUAUGCCGAGCAAUAUGAACAUGCCGAGCAAUAUGAACAUGCCGAGCAAUAUGAACAUGCCGAGCAACAUGAACAUGCCGAGCAACAUGAACAUGCCGAGCAACAUGAACAUGCCGAGCAACAUGAACAUGCCAAACAAUAUGAACAUGCUAAGCAAUGUGAAAAUGACCAAAAAUAUGAAUAUAUCAACCAAUAUGAACAAUAUGCCAAGCAAUAAGAACAUGCCAGGCAAUAUGAAUAUACCAAGCAAUAUGAAUAUGCCAAGCAAUAUGAAUAUGUCAAGCAAUAUGAAUAUGUCAAGCAAUAUGAAUAUGUCAAGCAACAUGAAGAACAUGCCAAGCAAUAUGAAUAUGUCGAGCAACAUGAAGAACAUGCCAAGCAACAUUAAUAACAUGCCAAGCAACAUUAAUAACAUGCCAAGCAACAUUAAUAACAUGCCAAGCAACAUUAAUAACAUACCAAGCAACAUUAAUAACACGCGAAACCAUGCACCCCCUCCUUUUAGUAACAUGAACUCGAAAAUAUCCAUAAAUAACAGCAUUGUAAAUGUACAAAAUGAUAUUAACUUGAAAAAUGGCAUGAAUAUUGGAAGCGCUGACAUAGGAAACACCAAUAGAAAUAUGAACAACAUGUUUAAUAAUGGUAACAAUAGUUUAAGGGAAAACAUUAUGAAUAAUUUAAGCUACAAUUACAACAAUGUGAAUUAUAACAACAUUAUGAAAAACAAUAUGGAAAUGAACAAUAAACUAUUAAUGAAUGAAAAUAAUGGGAAAUCGUUGCAUGAUAAUAAUACUAACAGCAAUGUUAGUAGUAAUUCUGAAAACUUUGUAAAAAAGCUCAAUAACAACAAAAUAACCUUGAAAAACAAUAUGAACAACAAUCAUUACAUCAAUUCUGAUGCAACGAAUAUGAAUAGAUAUUAUUUAAAUGAUAUAAAAAAUGUAGAAACUAAUGUCAUCCCACUAAACAAUAAAAUAAAUAAUAUAAAAGACAACCAAAAUAGUUCUAUACCCCAAUAUAUGGAAAAAGAAUAUUUAGAAAAUGUGUAUAAUAAGAGAGACAAAUAUUUAUUAAAUAAAAACAAAAAGGAUGACUUGUACAUUUCAUCUAAGCAGUUAAGCAAUUUGAAUCAAGGGAGUAGCAGCAUCAGUAGUAAUACAAGUAUAAAUAAUGCCAAUGCACAAUCGAGAAAUUUAAAAAACAUAGAUAACCCCCAAUUAUACAACUCUCUAAUUAUAAACUCAAUCAGUACAAAAACAAAUAUAAAUGAGGUAUAUAGUUUUAAUCAAAAUGAUAAAAACUCUUUUCAUGCAGAAGGUAUGAAAGAAGCCAAAUUGAACUUCAAACAGAAGGAUACAAACUACAAUCAUAUGAACAAAGCAAUUAAUAUGUUAUAUAAUGAGCAGGCCAAUUAUAGGCCAUAUAAUGUAAAUGACGCACACAUGGGCAGCAACAACCAUGUUGGUAUUAUCGGUCCAACUGAUGUGAAUAACGUAAAUGCAAAAAACUUUUUUACAGCACCGAACACAGUGUAUGAUGCUAAGGAGUAUAAUAAAAAUGUAGAGAAUUUAAAGGAACUCAAAAAUGGGAGUGAAGAGAAACAAAUGAGAUAUAACAAUUUAAUUAAGGUUAGUAACUCGAACAAGGCUAUCCAUGAAAAUGCUAAUAUAGCCACAUCUCUAUACAAUGAUGUUGGUGAUCAGAAGCAGAAAACCAACCUUAAAGGUGGCAUUUUGACAAAUAAUGUCAUUCCCAGUGGAACGACACUAUCCGGAUCAUCCAUAUCAAAUAACAACAUAGCGAAUAACGCAAAAAAUAUGGACAGUACAGAUAUGUACAAAUUUAGCAUGAACAAUGAAAACUUAAAUUCCAAGGAAUCCCCAAAUUAUAUGAAUCUAGUGAAUAUUAGGAAAAAUCACCUAAAAGAUAAUAACAAAUCCAUGUACUUACCUGAAAAGAGGAAUACAAAUCAUGGCCAAAAUUUAAAUCCAGUAGAUCAACAAAAGAAUAAAAUUACCCCAAUGCAGAAAACUGAUUUAGAUUUAAUAAACACAAAGGUAAAUAAUAACGAUGGAAAUAGUACAGGUGCUAAUAUAAGUAUUAAUAAAAAUAAAGCAUUUGAAGAAAUUAAAAUGAAUAGUACAAUUGUUCCUUUAGAUAAGAUAGCUAACAAUACACCAUCACAUUUUAACGAAAAGUUAUUGAAAGAAAUCAACAUGAUGAAUCUCCCCAAUAUUAACAAAGAAACGGAAGGAGCUAUACCCAACAAAGGCAAUGGAUACAGUGUUGGUAUAUACAACAGUAAUUCCCCAAUAGAUAAAGCCUACAACCAGACGAACAGUAUUAGCAGUAAUAAAAAUUUCAUAAACGAAAAAGAUACACGCAAUCCAUACAACCAAAUGUUGCAAAAAGAAAUUAAAGUUGAUCCAGAAAAUUUGAAAAAAAUGGAACAGUUUGAAGAGAAAAAAAGGAAAAAGAAAAGAGAGAAAAAGGAAGAUAGGAAAACAGAAAAGAUCAAAGAGAAAAAAAUCGAAAUGGCCAAGGAUGAAAAAGCAGAGUUAUUCCCCAUGGAACAAAAUCUCAAAGAGAAAAAGAAAAAAUUUGAUUACAGUAAUUUUAUAUAUAAUAAGAAUGAAAACAGCGAACAAAAAGUUUUUAAUAGUGUUCCGCAGAACUUAAUGCAGGAAAGAGACAAUUGCAUUAUUAGCACGGAGGGAAAUUCAUCCCCUGGAUCAAACCCCAAUAGGAACAUGCAAAUGGAUGUGCAAAAGAAUUCCCAAGCAAACUCCCAAAUGAACUCCCAUACGAACGCCCAGACGAAUGCCCAGACGAAUGCCCAAACGAACAUCCAAACGAAUGCCCAAACGAACAUCCAAACGAAUAUACCGAUGAACACCCAGUUAAAUGUGAAGGAAGAAAAGUACCUAGACAACAAAAAAAACAUGUUUCCUCUCAGUUACGACAUAAGUAAAAAUUCAUCAAAAAUGUUUUUGGAAAAUGACAAAAGUAUGCUAAACCGAAAUGAUUUCAUAAAUGAAGACAACUUGAAAUCAGCAAAAUUGAAGAGAAAUUAUAAUGACGUACAUGACUCAGUUUUAUCACCCGUUACACCAGAGCAAAUGGAAGGUGAUAAAAAAUUUAUUGCAUUAGCAAAAUUAUUUAGUGAUGUAAUUGACGAAAAUGAUAACGGAGGAAAUGCAAAAGUAAAUGAUAAAAGUUUGGAAAAAAAUGUUUACACAUGUGCACCCACCUUCAGAAACCAUCUUGUGUCCAAUCUUGAAUCGUACAAGAAUAUGCCACUAGAUACUUUGUUAAAUAAUUUAAAUAUAGAUAAAGAUGUUUUGAACAUACUAAAGGAUAAAAUAAAUAAUAUUAACAGAAAUAUUAAUGUAAAUAUAUGUGCAACAGCAGCAACCAUUGAGAAACAAACAGAACAUAUAGGAUUGGAUAAUUUUGAUUUGCCACAUUUGAUAACUCUCUUUGAUGAUUUUAUAAAUUGGUAUGAAAAUAAUUUAAUUCAAAUAAAACUUCAGUUGCACAAUAUUUCAUUCUGUUUGUUUUUAGAAAUUUAUAUAUUAUUAUUAACAAAUAAUUAUUACAACAUUUCCGAUUUUAAAAAAAAAUACUUAAAAAUAUUUUCUGCGUACGAGCCAGUAACAAAAAUUUUAUCAAACUGUGUUACCCUAAAUCAAAUGUUUGAAAUAUCGCUUAUUCGUUUUAAAGAGAAAAAUUCCAAACAUGUGGUUCACAUGACCAAACUCGGAAAGAAAUCCUUGUGGCAGUACUUAACUGUAUACGGGGGAAUUUCUCUAUACAAUUUGAUUACAACAAAAAUAAAAAUAAUAGAAAUUGAGGACACAGAAACAAAUUUUAAUUUCUUUAAUUCAUUCGUUUCGAACAAUUUUCUUUAUAACACAAAGAUAGACGUUCCUGUUGUAUGGUCUCUACCGUCUAUUUAUUCCACAGAGGAUGAAGUUAUUGAGGACGAGAAUAACAAAUCAAAAGGUGAAAAGGAGGAAAAUCCGUACGUGCCAAACGAAAGCUGUGAUGUGUUUUAUUACUAUAAAUAUAUAUUGAAAAUGCAAAAAAAGAACAGACUAAAGGUCACGAAAAACCGAAUGCCCAGUAUGCUGUAUUACUGCUUGAACAAUUGCAACGACAUGACAUGUGCAGAAAUUUCCGAAUUUGAUGGAUCCUUUGUUGCAUCCGCGCAUUCGAAUAAUAUAAUUAAAUUAUGGAAUAUCAAGCAAUCACAAUUAAAUAAAAUGAGGCAAAAAAAAAAAGAGAUGGAGAAAAAUAAUAAAUAUCAAUCAAAAAAUAUGAGAAAAUAUGAUUAUUUUAAAGGAAAUAAUAUUACUCCCAUAGACUUAGAUAAUCAGGAUGAAAAUGAUGGAGUUUCCAAAUUAUAUGGAAAUGUUUUUAAUGUUACUAGCCUACGUUUUGGUGAAUCAAAUAAAAUCUUAUUAUCAGGAAAUGUUAAUGGUGAUAUAUAUUUAUACAGUACUGUAAGUAAUAAAAAUUAUGUUAAAUAUGUAGGUGGAAAUACACCUAUAUGGUCUCUCGACACGGCCUUUUUAGGCUACUUUUUUUGUUCAAGUGAAGAUGAUGGAAAUCUAAGGAUCUACACUACCAAUAGAACUUAUCCAUUUAUCACAUACAAGUACAACUGUCCUGCAAAUGUUUGCAAAUAUCACUAUAACAACACACUCAUUGCAUGUGGUUAUUACGACAAUUAUAUACACCUUUACGAUGUUAGAGUAAAUUCAUUUAUCAAGAGAUUUAAAAAUAACUAUCCAAGCAAUCAGGGAGUCACUUCAUUAAGUUUUUCAAAAGAUGGACGGUUGUUAUCUUAUGCAGGUGGCUAUACAUAUAACAUAAAUUUAAUCGAUUUGGCAAUGGACAAAUUUAUUGAUAUAGAACCCAAAAUUGCUAUUUCUACAAAAUCGUGGAAUAAUGACGUCGAAUACGCCCCCAAAUCUAAUUCUUUUGGAAAUCCUUUAGACCCAAAUUUUUUACAAAAAGUAAAUGAAGUAACACAAUAUGACAAAUCACCCCUUGGAGCAGAUAUAAAUUUCCAUGAUGAUAAAAUAUUAAGUAUCGAUUUCAGUUAUGACAAUAACUUAUUAGUUUCUAUGUCUUGUAACAAUCACAUCGAUUUUUACAAUUGCUCCAAAGCAUCUUAUGAUAUAAAACAGGCUUUGGAGAAAAAGAGAAUUAAAAUAGAAAAAUCAAAAAACAGAAAAAAUAUACCAUAUGUCAAAUUAUCAAAAUCAUAUGGCGUUAAGCACUCAAACUUAAUAUCUGCCAAAUUUACUCCUGAAAAUGUGCUGCUUCUACUUGGUAUAAAUACUUUAAUCUAA